AUGAAUAGUACUUUUGAGCAUGCUCAAUCUAGUAUUUCAUCUAAAACAAUUCAUAUAUUCUGGUCACAUACUCAAAGUGAAAUAUAUGCCCGUAGAAACAAUGCUGGUAAUUGGUCACCUAAUCAUUUCGUACCACUUUUACUUCCGUCGAACGAAUCUCAGUAUCAAAAUAGCAUGACUGAACCGAAAGCCACUGGUUCAGGCUUGACGCCAACUAAAUCGACAACGAAGAAUAACAUACAAACUCAAGUUCGCAUUCCUGAAUUUAAUGCGGAGGAUGACGAAACUCAACAAUUUCAAAUGUCAUCGACACUUUCCACGGUAAACCAGGAAAUCGCAACAACUCCUCGAACUAAGCGAAGACUACAAGUAACUGAGAACUAUACGAAUGUUGAAAAUACAAAUAUGGAUCGGAGACGGCAAAAAGCUCGUGAAAGUAUGGCCGCUAAACGAGCUCAAGCUACACCAGAAGAAGCUGGAAGACAACGCACGCUUGCCAGAGAAAGGAGUGCUGCCAGAAGAGCUACCAUUACACCAGAACAAGCUGGAAGACAACGCACGCUUGCCAGAGAAAGGAGUGCUGCCAGAAGAGCUACCAUUACACCAGAACAAGCUGAACGAGAGCGCACCCUUGCACGAGAAAGAAGUGCAGCUAGAAGAGCUGCCUUAACACCAGAACAAACUGAGAGAGAGCGUAGUCUUGAUCGUCAAAGAAAAGCAGCUAGAAGAGCUGCCUUAACACCAGAACAAACCGAGAGAGAGCGUAGUCUUGAUCGUCAAAGAAAAGCAGCUAGAGGAGCUGCCAUAACACCAGAACAAACUGAGAGAGAGCGUAGCCUUGAUCGUCAAAGAAAAGCAGCUAGAAGAGCUGCAUUAACACCCGAUGAAAUCGUACAACAGCGAGCAAUUACUCGUGAGCAAACAGAAGCUUGGCGUGCUACUUUUUCAUCGAAAGAAAUCGAAUAUCAGCGAGUGCUUGCUGCCGAAAAGAGCAUGAGUAAACGAGCUACUGCAUCACCCAAAGAAGCUGAAGAACAACGUGUAGUAGCUCGCAAAAGAAGUGCCGCAAGACGAGCUGCUUACAAAUUUGAUGAACUCGAACGUCAGCGCGCAUCUGCUCGUCAGAGAAAGCAGCUUCGAAAAAGUGGCAAACACCAACACGAAACGAUGAAAACAAAAGUACAAGAAAGUAACGACUUUGAAUGGCCAAAACCUAUUGAUAUUGAACAUAAGAAAAACUGUCUAAAGAACUUUAUUCAACAUAUGUCGAUGAGUUUUCUGGAAGAAGGUGUUUGCGGUAUUUGUAACAUUCGUUGCUAUAAACGUGAUCUCCGCCACAUACCGUUCAGUAAAAUACCAUCUAUUGAAUUACUAAAAGUACCUGAGGACUUUUAUGACAUUAUUUCUGGAAUGCAAGAAAUGAACCAGUUCCAGUCACAUGAUAAGCUUAAUAUGCGAGACGAUCUUGCCACGGCUUUGAUUCAAAAAGAAAGAACAACAGGUUAG